GGAACCGGAAGCAGCUGGUCAGCGGGAGUCCGGCCGGGCCGUCGCUGGGUCUGGGCCGCAGAGCGGGGCCAUGGCGAAGAGGAAGACCGAGCUCCCGGACAGAUGGACCCAUUACCUACCUCUUGGAAAAAGAAUACCUGGAACACGCUUUAUUGCUUUCAAAGUUCCUCUUAAGAAGAGUUUUGAAUGGAGACUUGCCCCAAAUGAACGUUUUUCUCCGUUAGACCUUAUUAAUCAAGUUAGAGAGCAGAAAGAAGAACUUGGCUUGAUCAUUGAUUUAACGUACACCACCCGCUAUUAUGAGCCAGAGGACCUACCAGACACGUUACAGUACUGUAAGAUUUUAACAGUUGGACAUGAAGUACCAGAUCAUGAUACAGUAUUUAAAUUCAAAAGUGCUGUGAAGAAAUUCCUUAUGGAAAACCAACAUAAUGACAAGCUUAUUGGGGUUCACUGCACACAUGGCUUGAAUCGAACUGGUUACCUUGUUUGCAGGUACCUAAUUGAUGUUGAAGGAAUGGAUCCGAACAUGGCAAUAGAAUUGUUCAAUAGACACAGAGGGCAUUCUAUAGAGAGGAAAAACUAUAUUGCAGACCUUAAGAGAGGACCUGGAAAAAGGAAUCAGCGUGUGCCUCUUUCAGGAGGCAGUUGGAGAAAAGGACACCUUGGCCCCACCCCGAACCCUGGUUUUGAAGCAGUUGAAUAUCAUUCACAAAACUUCCAGCAGUUCCCAAGGCACUUCUCUUCUAGGAGAGACGAGGGUAGUCAUAAGCAACACAGAAAAGUGCAUCAUACCAGGAACCCAAAUCUCAUCACCUGUUAUGACAAAGAUCAGGCUGUUUACAAUCCUCAAUAUGCCCCUACAGCCAACAUCAUUCAGCAAAGACCAAGUCACAGUGUCAGCCCUAACCAUGGGCUGUUCUACUCACCUUACCAGCAACAGCUGCAAGAAUAUGAAGGACCAUAUUUUCAAAUGCAAAAUCUUCAUUAUCCGUUACAACAAGGAAGAUACAAAAUAGAUGGAAGACCCCAUCCUUAUUGAUGGAAACAUAACAGGCAAGGAGAACAUGAUCACAUACUAAGGACACAAAAUCCAUUCUUGGCUUGCUAUUUAUUCAGCAGAGGACAACCUGCUGACUACCUUACAUGGUUGCUGUGUUGCCAGCAUACUUCCCUGGAUUGCCCAUCAAUGCUACAGAUCACUGCUUAUACCGUAUUUCUUCGAUUGUAAGAGGCCAUCGAUUCUAAGGCGCACACUAAUUUCAGCACCACCAACAGGAGGAAAAAGCUUUGAUUCGAAGAAAAAAUAAAUUUCUUUGAACAUCUUUUAUGAGUAGAAUUUCUUAGAAAUAUCUUAGAAAGAGCUGGGUUUUGGGGCCACUGGGCUGGGAGGGACUUAGGGGUAAGCAGAAAACCAGGCGCGUACCCUCCCAGCUCCUCCUCUCGGCUCGCGGCUGCUGCAGGAACUUCCUCUUUUGGAGGCCUGCCUGCGCGAGGAGGAGAGAGACGACUGGAGCUGGAGCUGCCGCGUGAGAGCAGCUUCGGUGGAGCAGCACUUCUCUAGCCUCUGGGCACAGGUUUUUCCGCGGGCGUGAGGAGUUCCAGGCGGGACGCACGCUUCCCAGCGCGGCGGCUGUGGGGGGGGGACCCGGUGCUGGGGGGGGGGGUGAGCAUCCUGACUCUUGAAGCCGCGUGUCUUCCCGGCACAGCUGACGAGGGCCGGAGCUGCACGGGGCGCGCUGUAGGCCCCAAUCAGCCUGCAAAGCAAUCUUAAAAAGCCCGGCUUGCUCAGCUUUGUAAAAGCAAUAAAGCUAGAGAGAAUGGAUGUUUCAGACCCUUUUUUAAUAGGAUAGAGUCUUUUUGCAUCUACCAUAUUGCUUCGAUUCUUAGACGCCAUCGAUUCUAAGACGCACCCCAUUUUUAGAGCUGUUUAUUUAGGGGGGAAAGUGCGUCUUAGAAUCGAAGAAAUACGGUACUUCAGUUGAUCUUUUAAGUUUGUUUGUUUUAGUACCUGCUGACAAACAAGAUGUAGCCACCACUAGAAUUCCUACUACAGUUGUUUAUAUGUUGACCUUAACAUUUGUGUUAAAUAAAGACUGCCUUCCCCUGCUACUGUUAAAGAUGGA